ACGCAGAGUCAGUCACAACCAAUCCUCAUUCAACUCCGUCUCAGCCACGGGUCAGCAGCUCAGACAAGCAACUUGUUCCUAUCCAGCUGGAAAGAGCAGAGCAUCGCAAGGAUUUUUCUCUGUGGACCAGCGAGGGAGACUUCCAUCCAGGGAGGAGGGCAGCAGGAGGUAACAGAGGAGCAGCACCAAGGAGGAGCUCUGAAACAGCGGACUUUGUGAAAGGAGAUCAACUGAACCGAAAACUGAGGUUGACAACUUGAGAAACUUUUGCAGUUUUGAUGAUAUAGAAGGAAGGCCUGCUGCGAACUCCAAGAGGAGACUGGCUAUCAGUGACAUCCAGAGACUCUGCUGUGACUGCCAUUCCCCUCCCUUCUCUCUUCAGGACUCCCACCCUCCACAGAGUCGACUCUUGAUCACCAGCAUGCCUGCAGCUUGCACAAGGUGCACCUUGGGAGCCUGACCCACCAUGUGCAGAUGGACGACAUCCGAUGCUCAUCUCUGUCCUGAACCUGUCUUAAGCUGCGCCACCGCUGCUGCCUCCACCAGGAUUUUUGUCCCCCUCCCUAGUGCAGCCUCACUUACCCUGAUAUGCUUCACCCUGCUCCUGGUCACAGCUGGCAGUGCCACAGGGGCCUGUCCUCCUCGCGCAGGGCAUGACCCCCUUCAGGUACUGGGAAGUGGCAUGAACUGUUCGUGGACAUUGGAAAGGCACACUCGCAGUUACAAUCACUUGGAAGGUGAUGUUAGACUGCGGCGGCUUUAUUCCGCCAACAAGUUUUUUCUCUGCAUUGACAGAGCAGGAAAGGUGGACGGCACUCGGCGGAAAAACUACGCUGACAGCUUGAUGGAAAUCCGAUCUGUCAGCGUGGGAGUUGUCGCCAUCAAAUCUGUCAGUAACGGGCUGUACCUAGCUAUGUCCAAGAAAGGCACACUCUUUGGAUCGGUGAAGUACAGCCCAAGCUGCAAGUUCAAAGAGCGCAUUGAGGAAAACGGCUACAACACGUACGCCUCACUUCGCUGGAAACACGGCGGCAGACAGAUGUUCGUGUCACUGAACGGACGCGGGAAACCUCGGCGAGGUCACAAGGCCAGACGAAGGCACCCAUCUACUCACUUCCUGCCCAUGCUUCCCUCCUAGGUGCCCAAGUCUGAACUGUAACUGGCAGCUGCUUGGUCCUCCUGCCUCAUCACAAUAGUGCUGAUCUAGUUGGGACAACAAUCGUUUUGAUUUUUGGCUUUUAUUUAUCCAUCCUACUGUCAGAUAAAUGUACAUUUGCUGAGGUCUGUAACAUUUUAGAGUUAGAUUAUUGUCUACUUUUAAGUUAUUUUCUGCUUUGUUUGAUGAUGUUAAUAUAAUGCAUUGCUGCCCAAAACAGUGAAGCUAUAAAGGAGGGGUAAUCAAUUCCAGGCCUGGAGGGCCAGUACCCAGCACAUUUGAGUGGUUUCUCUGAUUCAACACACCUGAUUCAGUGGUUGAAUCACCUGUGCAGCAACUCAUCAGGCUCUGCAGACGCCUGUCAAUUACCUGCUGAUUGAAAUCAGGUGUGUUAAAACAGAGUUAAAACUAAAGCAUGCUGAUACUGACCCUCCAGUCCCGGAAUUAAAUACCCCUGCUAUAAUGUUCGCAUGUGCACUCGUCAGGUCAGUUUUCACCCCUUUGUGUUGGAAUGACAUUAGAAGGCCAAAAGAGAACAAAGAGACUUGGAAACAAUCAAAGGAAAUUCACUGAUUCAUUCCUGAACAACAAAAGAAAAUAGUACAAAAAAGAAAACAACUGCUUUCCAGUGGCGUGUCCAGAUCUUUUAAAAUGGGGUGGCCCAGGUGAGGCACAACUUUGUGCAUGGGUGGCACCAAUGGUUAUGCUUUUUUUGUUUUACCCCCAAGCCUUUUGUGGACAAUAAAAAAUCCUAUUUAAAGGUAAAUUAGUGUGUUGGCACCUGAGGUGGCCAAUCAGAUUCCAAGGGUGGCAUGUGCUAACCUAGGCCACUCCCUGGACACGCCCCUGCUGCUUUCAAAUAGCUCCGGCUCUGAGGGAAACUACGGCUGAGGACAUGAGUCACAUCUGAGCAACUCUAACCCCGGCUUUCCACAGGAGCCGUCAGCAGCACGUUACUGCAGCAGCACGUCAUAGCUGCUGAUAGGAACCGCUGUGGUCAACAGAACCUUUUCCACCGGAGCCGUCAGCAGCGCGAGUCGGCCGCGUCUCAGGAGCAGCAUGUCGUUGCCUUUACGCGCCGGUUCUAUUUCCUACGCGCGACGCCUCUGAAACGGGUCAAGUUCGACAUUUUUGGGGAAGGAAAGACAGGAAAUCGGACGCGGAAAUGGAGAGAAGCUACAGAGAUUUUCAGAAUAAAGAACGUGCUGCCUUCCGGUUGCUUUACUUUUAAAAAAUGUUACUAACUGUGCGUCCACGUGAGAAGUUAUCACCUAGCUAGCGGUCUCCUUUGUUUUUCAGGUCCGUAUUGGCGAUUAUCAAACGGACAGAACAUAAAACACAAACCAUGUUGUAGUUUUCUCCUGCUUGUUGUUGUGUUUACUGACGAAGUCACUCGUGUGACUUCGUGCUCGGUCGGUGACAGCUGCUCCCCUGCUGCUUCGCGUCUCGUGGGAAGGGCCAAGCAGCAGUUUACGCGAGCAAGACGUGCUGCUGCAGUAACGUGCUGCUGACGGUUCCCGUGGAAACCCGGGGUAAUAAGAUUUAAAGGCAGCAAAGAACAUGCUACACUAGUCAGUUUCCGGGUUGACUGAAGCCAGCAUUUCACUAGAAUUGGGUGUUGGCAACUAUUUGCAGACACAAAAGAAAGAAAAUAUGUAAAUUUCCAGUUGGAAACACAGAUUUGGUACAUAUGGCUCUAAUUUUCAACAAGUCCUGUUUGGCAUAUGGCACGAUUACAAGUCCCUCAUGAACAUUUUUAAAUGUUUUGAGGGGAUUUUGCAAUCAAUUGGUUUGUUGUUCAAACCUACAAAAACAAUUUCUCAUUUUAUCUAAGGCAAAUGCCACUUUUCAACCAUGAAAUUAAAGGUUUUGAGGAAAAUGCCCAGAGAAGUAUCUCCAUCUCACACGAUUAAAAACAUAAAACAAAAUAAAUUACAAUUGCAUAAGUUAUAAAGAAUUAAGUAAAUCAGCUUUUCAGGAAACAGAUCUUUUUGGUUCCCACACAGACAGUUGUCAGUAUAAAUAAUCAUCUAAUGCAAAAAAUAAUUCCGUGCAAAACUCUACAACAAAGAACUUGAUUUUAUUUGAGUCUGAGACAUUUGCCAAGGCAGAACUUCCGUCCUAAACGCACGGAAGGAGCUUGCUUGCUAUGAAAGUUUCUUCUUGAUUCUCCAAAUAGGAGAGCUUUUUAUUAAAUGUUGAAACAUACUUCAAAUAAUCUCUCUCUUCCCUUCAAAAGGCCCUGCUAAAAGAGAAACAUUUUCCAAGUUACAGUGGACAUAUUGAACCAAAAAAAGCUGAACUGAACCAUUAUAACAUAAACUUGUAUCAUCUCAAACACACAGAAGAUAUUUUCUUUUGUUUAAACACAGCAGAAAUAUGUUUUUUUCACCAGAAAAUGAUGUCUGGAUUUUCACAGAUACUUCCAUCCAGCAUGUCUGUCUACAUUUUAAGGAUGAUAGGUUAGAAACCAGUUCCAGGAGACACCUGUUGGAUCUAAUCUGAUUUGCAUUUGUAGUCAUUUUAAUACUUUCAUAGCAACAGUAGGACCUCAGACAUCAGCAGCUCCAUUCAUUUUGUACAGAUUAGUUUAACCAGUUUUAAGUGACAAUGUGUAUUUUCCCUGGCGAUAAGGGGCAGUACACACCUAAAUCAUUGCAAGCAAGCGGUAUUUGUAAGACCUUAUCAACGGGUGGCCAUUAGGGUUAAAAUUCCCUUGAAGCUUAACCUUCAGCAAAAUUUCAAGCACCCUUUCAUCACUGGCACUAAGUGAAGAGGUUAAUGUGUAAAACAACAUUCAUGAAUGGCAAACGUUUCGUAACAGUUUAAUUUUGUCCUCACAGGUUCUCUUAGAAGGAAACAUGGCAACUUAUGGCCUCACCCAGAGACUUAGACCCGCUCCUGUGUAUUUUAGACCCGACUUUUAUGGUUAUAUGUUACAAACCCGCCAAUAUUUUCCAACAACUGGAAAUUCAUUUCGUUCAUUUUCAGCAACGUUCCAAUGGAUAAUCCCAGAGAUUAACCAUAAAAACUACACAUUGUCUCUUUAACGUGUGCAGCCUCUCUGUCGACACAUGCUAACAUUAGACAAUGCAGCAGUUGCUAAUAGAACAUUUAAUAUAUUUAACACAAUUUUUACUCUUUAACUGUGUGAAGUUGACAUGUAUGUUAUUGAUAAUGUUUCUGUUGAAUUGUAGGGAAUAAAAAUAAUAGCCGUAUUGGCAUUUGUAACCAGCACAAACUGUAUGGUAUUAUUACUGGAUAUUGGUACAAAUGUGAUCCAUUCAUGACCUCCAGCUUUAAGUUAAUGGUCUGGCUGUUUAUGAGGCCACAUUCUGAGAAAGCAGCCUUUAAAUCCCUUCCAGCGAAGUCAUUUGAGUGCCUUGGUUCAUGGUGAGUUUGAUAAACCUCAAUAAAAUGUGGAUAAUUCAUGACUCAUCAACUUCAGUUAUUUUUAGCAGUCAAGAGGGUGCAGCAUGCCAGUGUUUAUCAUCCUCUGUCUUUGGAUCUCACUGUUAAACAUUUGUAACGUCUCUGUUGGAGCGCUCUGACAAUAAUCUCCUCUCCUCAUCAUAAUCGUGACCAAACUCCCAGCAGGAGAAGAGCUGAUGUUAAGGACCUCCUGUCUGCUGAAAGAUCUGCGCUUAUGAACGAUGCGACUGCCCAUCAACAUCAUUUACACACAGACGAGCUCUCCAGUGACACAGGAGGCCACUGGGCCUUUUCAGCCAACAGAAAGGAGAGUGGAGGAUGAAUAGUGGAUGCUCGGGGUGAAUAAAGGACAACCUUUCAGCCUGUCAUAAUGUGAGGAGACUGUGACCGGGUACAUGUCACAGAGGCACAGUAGCUACAGAGGUCACAGAGCAGCACAGGCAUAUUAUUAAGGUGUCUCUGCUGUUGCCACUUUGACAUCUUCAUCCUUAUCACUGUAAUCCUCUUGUGGAAUUAAGAUUUAUUUCUCUGUUCAUCGCUCACUACAGGUUUAAUCUAAAUGGCAGGUAAAAACAUCUACUGUCUUCUGUUUAAUUAAAAUAGAGGUUUAACCACUUAUGGCAAAUUUAUUUUAGAUGGAAUCUCUGUAAUAAACCCAUAAAGUAUUUAGUUGGUUUUUGUGGGUAAUCAAUAUGAACACUAGCCAGUAAAAAUAUCCUUUACAAACUAACAUCAGUUUAGACUGUGUGAAAAUUUUUAUUUAUUUUAUUUAUUUUAAAGGCAGUCGGGGUGGGCUGCACAGUGGUGCAGUGGUUAGUGCUGUUGCCUUGCAGCAAGGGGGUCCUGGGUUCAGAUGCCAGCCUCGGGUCUUUCUGCAAGGAGUUUGCAUGUUCUCUCUGUGCAUGCGUGGGUUCUCUGCGGGUACUCCGGCUUCCUCCCACAGUUCAAAAACAUGACUGUUGGGUAACUGGUCUUUCUAAAUUGUCCUUAGGUGUGUGUGUGUGCAUGAUUGUUUGUCCUGUGUGUCUCUGUGUUGCCCUGUGAUGAGCUGUCCAGGGCGUACC